ACGCAAUUUGUGCGCGAAUCGUGGGUUUGUGUUGGUCAUACCUUGGGUCAUACUUUACGGCCUUGGUCAUACUGAUGUAUUUUUCAUGCAUUUUUGUAUACCGCGAGUGAUGACAUGUGUAUUUAUAUACACUGUGCUCAUUUCGGAAUAUUUCUGGACUAGUGGCAGGAUUGCAUAAGAAAUUUUGGGGCACAUUGGGUGUAAUUUAAUAUUGCUCUGAAGUCUGAAUUCAGCACAUGGCUGCCACUGAAUUUUUCAGUGUAUGUUGACUGACAUUUUUUUUUCACACUGGCCAACCGUAUGGCCAACCUAGCAGCAGAUUGAUGUUCCUGAAUAUGCUGCUGGCAGUCAGACAUUCUGUCAGCCCAAAUAGGCUGCUGCAGCAGUGGAUUUGCCAAAUAUCUGCCAGUAGCAGAUCAUUCUGAAGCUUGAGGUUCUGAAACUUGCCAGCCCCAAACAUGCUACUACCGGCAGUGGAUUCGUCUAAUGUCAAUGUCUGUGCACCCGCACCAGCAGCAGAUCUGGGCAGAUACACUGCUCUGGAGGUGGUGAGCUGAGCCAUUCCAAAAAGGAAGUUGACAACUAGACACCAACUGAAAGUCACUUGAUGAAGAUGCUGGACAACCUUCGUUUGGAGACGCUUGUUGGACUGGGAGCUGCGUCACUUUUAGGCUAUGUUCUUUGGGGUCCAAAAACUACCAAACCGAGGGCGGCGAAUGCAGCAGGAGCUCUGGCCGGCCUGCAGAACAUCGGGAACUCCUGCUUCCUGAAUGCUGUGCUGCAGGCUCUGGCCUCCAGCCCGGCGGUCAUCAAGUGGCUGAGCAGCCCACCCUCGGCCACGGCCUCGCAGGCCCACCGGCAGCUGCGGGCCGCGCUGAUCGACGUCAUACAAGUGGUGAACCGCACGCACCCGGAGCAGCGAGCCGACCCCUUCACUCCGGCCGGCGUGGUCACCUGUCUGCUGCGACUCGGCUGGCUGAUUCGGCGCGACGAGCAGGACACGCACGAGAUGUUCUACGUGCUGGUGAGCACUCUGCAGGAGGAGCCUCCGCCGGCAGCAGCACUCUCCGCUGAUGGGCUCCGCGCCGGAGAGGGAUCGGUGGAAGCGGACACUGGAGAGCCGCUGGUGGAUUGGGGCGCCCUCGGAGCCAGGAUGCGCGGAGAUGCCAGAGACAUCUGUGGCGCGGGAUUGACGAGAGGCGGCGCGGGCGUGACGAGUGGCGCCCCUGGGACGGAGAGGAACGGUGGUGGAAAGAGGCCGGUUUCUCUGGUAAGGCAGGAGCGGAGUAAGAGGAUGGAGACGGUGGCGGGGACUGGUGUCCAGUCUCCCUCGAUGCCGGACGGUGUGACUGGUCCGUGUGACGCUGUAGGCGAUCGGCUGCCCCGUGAGAACGGUGACUCGGCUUCCACGCCGGCCAGUGAUGAUGACGGUGGUACGGCAGUUUCUCCGGACGAACGGGGUGACCAGUUGAAGGAGUCGACGGCAUCUACUGACUCUGCGACGUCCACCUCGCGGGGAGGAUCUCAAGCGACAUCGCCAGAGUCUCGGCCAGCCACCGACAGCAGCAGUCAUGCCGCGUCGCUCGCUGACAGUCCUCCAGGGCCCAGCGGUGCCCCGACCGCCACCAAGAGCCCCACGGAGAGCUCUAUCUCUCCUGUGGCGAGCUCUCCGGCGACUGGAACCUCCCGCGGGGCGGUAGGUCGCCGUCAGCUGCAGGGUAUCGUGCACCGGGUGCGGGGUGUCGGCGCACCCGGCUGGCGCAGCUCACCGAGCGCUCUGAGAUCACCCUUCACCGGCACCGUCUCCACUCAGCUGGUCUGCCAGGCCUGCGGGCACAAGUGCGCCGUCCGCUGGGAGAACUUCGAGUCGCUGUCCCUACCGCUGCCGGCGGCGCCGCGACUACAGGCGCUCAGCCUACCGACCCUACUCGGCCAGUUCAGCGCGCCAGAGACCGUCCACGAUGUCAAGUGCGACUCCUGCCAGCGACGCGGCCGCUUCUCCAAGCGCUCUUUGGUUGCCAAGCUACCGCCUGCACUCUGCCUUCAUCUGCCCCGCACUACGUGGCAGAACAACGGUCAGGCAGGCAAGCGGGGCGACCAUGUCGCCUUCUACGAGACGCUGAACAUGUUCCCCUACACGUACGCCGCUAGUGUCACGACUCCGUCCCCGGGCUCGUCACCGCCGUCCGACUCUCGGCGUCACGUGUACCGGCUAACGGCCGUCAUCGUCCACUCGGGAGGCGCCCAUUCGGGCCACUUUGUCACCUACCGGCGCCGCGCUGACCCCACCGACUCCAGUUGGUUCUACACCUCCGACACCCUGGUGAGUCGCGCCUCCGCCUCCGAGGUCUUCUCCUCCGCCGCCUACAUGCUCUUCUACGACCGCGUCGCCCCGUCGGCGGUACCUGGGGCGGGAGCGUCCCCUGUGGCAGCAGCUCUCCUCUCCCCCGUGGGACCUGCGCUGCUCUCUCCGGGGCCGAGCUCCCCGCUUCAGGGUCCUCUCGGAGGACACUGAUCUCGCUUGGAGUGCUGAGCUUUCAGAGCCGGACUGAGCUUAAAACGGGCAGGGCUGGACGGGCUGGACCUAUCUGAUGAACGUAAUGAAGACAGUGAUGUUCGCGCUCGGACCAUCGUGAUCGAGUAGCUCGCUGCGGCUGUGAUGAUGAGCUGGCGUCCGUGACCCGGUGUAUGUUUUGUGCGGACGUUGAUCAUGUUUGUGUGUCGUGGGAUGACGCUAAAUGACAGUGAGUUGUCUACCCACGCAUUUCCUACUAGUCGGUGCGCCAGUCGCUCGUGGUCGGUCUCAAGGGAGCAGCUGACGGCGGCGUGGGCGGAACUUGUGGCGUCAGCUAUGUUCUGGCGCGGUGCGUGGGAGGCGGAGCGGUCGCCACAGUGUGAGAGCGAGCGGCUGUGACUGUCAGACAGGCCCGCUUUCAGCCCGUCGGCCGGUAAUCCGCGCGGCGACAGGGUCUGAGCGCCACAGGCGAGAAUGGCCGCUCUGAGUGAGCUGGAUGGUCUUGUCCGCUCGUCGCAGGCCUCAGGUGACCUUUUAAUGAAGACAUCGCUGAGUGAUACGACUCGGUAAACGACUGGAGUGUCUGAAACGGCUGUGGGGUGUCGUUAUUCUACCAAAUACAGGGCUUCCGAAUA